UUCACGCCGGGGGUUUAUAUGGUCCAAAACCCCCAAAAACUCUGUAGAGAAGCAGGCGAGGAGAGAAUCGUUAAUGCGCUUCUAUAUUUGAUCACCUUCACGUCUGAAAAAUCGUAAUCCUCAGAAAGGAGGACGUGUUUUGAAAAUGGAGGAGGCGCGCGAACAGAUGAGACCGCUGCUCACAUCCGGUAACGAUGAGGAGGCAGUCUUGGACCGAGGGAAGGCCAACUCCACGCUCUACACCAACUUCGAGAAGGAGGACCUGGAGAGUCACAGGGCGCUCUAUGUCGGCGUUCACGUCCCAUUGGCUCGACAGAGCCGGCGGCGGCACCGUCACAGAGGACACAGGCACCACCGCAGAAGGCGGGAUCGUUUGGAGUGGGAUGACGAACAAGAGUCGGCGUCACACGACACGCCCUCCCAAAGGGUGCAGUUCAUUCUAGGCAUGGAGGAUGACGAUGAGGAGCACAUUCCCCACGACCUUUUCACUGAACUGGACGAGCUCGCCUUCAGGGACGGAGACACCCUGGAAUGGAAGGAGACCGCCAGGUGGUUGAAGUUUGAGGAGGAUGUGGAGGAUGGCGGCGAGCGCUGGAGUAAACCCUACGUGGCCACGCUGUCCCUGCACAGCCUGUUCGAGCUGCGCUCCUGCAUCAUGAACGGCACCGUGCUGCUCGACAUGCGCGCCAACACCACUGAGGAGAUCGCAGACAUGCUGAUCGACAGUCUGCUGGCGUCCAGUCAGAUGGAUGAGGGCGUUCAGGACAAAGUGAGGGAGGCCAUCUUGAGACGUCAUCACCAUCAGAACGAGAAGAGGCUGAGUAACCGCAUCCCGCUCGUUCGCUCCUUCGCCGACAUCGGCAAGAAAUAUUCUGACCCCCAUCUACUGGAACGCAAUGGUCUCCCCGCGUCUCCUCAGUCGGCUCCUGGGAACCUGGACGGCAGAAAUGGGGGUGAAGGUCACGCCGGUGGAGGAAGUGGUGAAAACAGCGCGGUGGACUUCAGCAAGGUGAGACAUGCUGCUGUCCCCUGCUGGAUGUGCAGGUCAUCACAGCCAUCUUUGUUUCAGGUGGACAUGAACUUCAUGAAGAAGAUUCCCCUCGGUGCAGAAGCCUCCAAUGUGCUGGUGGGGGAAGUGGACUUCCUGGAGCGCCCCGUCAUUGCCUUUGUGCGCCUCUCGCCCGCCGUGCUCCUCACCGGACUCACAGAGGUCCCUGUACCCACCCGGUUCCUCUUCCUUCUACUGGGUCCGUUUGGAAAAGGUCGGCAGUACCACGAGAUUGGACGCUCCAUGGCCACACUGAUGACGGACGAGAUUUUCCAUGACGUCGCAUACAAGGCAAAGGACCGGAACGACCUGCUGUCAGGGAUUGACGAGUUCCUGGACCAGGUGACCGUGCUCCCGCCGGGUGAAUGGGACCCCAGCAUCCGCAUCGAGCCCCCAAAGAGCGUGCCGUCUCAGGAGAAGAGAAAGAUCCCGCCUGUGCCCAACGGCUCCGCCCACAGCUCUGACAUCGUCAAAGAGGCAGCGCAUCAGACUGGACCAGAGCUGCAGAGGACCGGAAGGCUUUUCGGUGGUUUGGUGAAGGAUAUCCGGAGGAAAGCGCCCUUCCUGCUGAGUGACAUCACAGACGCCGUCAGCCUGCAGUGUUUGGCGUCCGUCCUUUUCCUGUACUGCGCCUGCAUGUCGCCCGUCAUCACUUUCGGAGGCCUGCUCGGAGAAGCCACCAAAGGGAACAUAAGCGCCAUCGAGUCUCUGUUUGGGGCUUCUCUGACAGGUGUGGCCUACUCUGUCUUUGCGGGUCAGCCUCUCACCAUCCUGGGCAGCACUGGGCCCGUUCUGGUCUUUGAGAAGAUCCUCUUCAAGUUUUGCAGCGACUACGGUCUGUCCUACCUGUCUCUACGGACCAGCAUCGGCUUGUGGACCGCCUUCCUCUGCCUGCUUCUGGUUGCCACCGACGCCAGCUCACUGGUGUGCUACAUCACGCGCUUCACCGAGGAGGCCUUCGCCGCCCUCAUUUGCGCCAUCUUCAUCUACGAGGCCCUGGAGAAGUUGUUCCACCUGGGGGAGCUCUACCCGGUCAACACGGGCAACCACCUGGACAACUUGACCUUCUACACGUGUGGAUGUUCUCCACCCGCCAACACAUCAGCUGACCUGCUUGAGAUUUGGAGCAACCACGGCUACAACUCGUGCGAUAGCGUGCCAUGGGGGCAGCUGAGUGUGAAGGACUGUCGGUUUUUGCGCGGCGAGUUUGUGGGCUUAGCUUGCAGCCGCGACGGUCCCUUCAUCCCUGACGUCCUCUUCUGGUCCGUCAUCCUUUUCUUCACCACCUUCCUACUCUGCUCGUUCCUCAAACGCUUCAAGACUAGGAGAUACUUCCCAACCAAGGUGCGUUCGACCGUUAGCGACUUCGCUGUCUUCCUGACCAUCAUGGUCAUGGUGCUGCUGGAUUAUCUAAUGGGAAUUCCUUCCCCCAAACUCAGUGUGCCAGACCGCUUUGAGUGCCGUGAUGCUUUUCAGCCCACCUCCAACACCCGCGGGUGGCUCAUUUCGCCGCUGGGCCCGAACCCCUGGUGGACGCUGCUGGCCGCCGCUAUCCCCGCUCUGCUCUGCACCAUCCUCAUCUUCAUGGACCAGCAGAUCACCGCCGUCAUCGUCAAUCGGAAGGAGAACAAGCUGAAGAAAGGAUGCGGCUACCAUCUGGACCUGCUGGUGGUGGCACUGAUGUUGGGUGUCUGCUCCGUCAUGGGCUUGCCGUGGUUUGUGGCAGCGACCGUGCUCUCCAUCUCGCACAUCAACAGCCUCAAGCAGGAGUCGGCAUGCGCGGCCCCGGGCGAGCAGCCUAAAUUCUUGGGCAUCAGGGAGCAGCGUGUGACAGGGUUCAUGAUCUUUUUCCUGAUGGGGUGCUCCGUCUUCAUGACCUCGGCUCUUAAGUUCAUCCCCAUGCCUGUCCUCUACGGUGUCUUCCUCUACAUGGGCGUGUCCUCUCUCAAAGGCAUUCAGCUCUUCGACCGUAUCAAACUGUUCGCCAUGGCACCCAAGCACCAGCCGGACCUCAUCUACCUUCGCUACGUGCCUCUCUGGAAGGUGCACGCCUUCACGGCCGUGCAGCUGUCCUGCCUCGUCGUCCUGUGGCUUAUCAAAGCCUCCGCCGCCGCCGUCGUCUUCCCCAUGAUGGUCCUGGCGUUGGUGUUCAUUCGGAAGCUUCUGGACUUCUGCUUCAGGAAGCGAGAGCUGAGCUGGCUGGAUGACCUCAUACCCGAGAGCAAGAAGAAAAAGGAUGACGACAAGAAGAAGAAGCUGGAGAAGGAGGAUUUCCAACAGAUGUCAGACCAGGCGGCAGAAAUAUGUCCGUACGAACCAGCCAUGGUUAUCGAAGUGGAAAGUCUGAAAGGACGUUUGGACCCAUCAGAAGUAAACAUCUCGUGUGAAAUGGACAAAAGUGGUGUGUGGAAGUCGCUUUCUGUGAUGUCUGACGGUAGCAGAGCUCUGAAACGCACCUACAGCCAGGAGAAUCUUGCCAGCGUUGUCGUGGGCGGCGGAGGAGAUGCGAGGGUCGCUGACACAGAGACGUCACUAUGAGCUGCCCAUGAGGUCAAAGUUCACUGUUACUUCACCGUUUUAUGGUGAAAAUAGACAAAAGUCUUUUUGUACAAUGUUGACCAAUUAAUAUUUACGUGUGAGUAAGUUUAGUUUUGUGUAUGGUGGGAACACGCUUGCUGCCUUUAUAGAUGUAUGCAUACAUUUGUAAUCAAAUCAGUAAAUUACUUAAAAAAGACCCUCUACUUUAUGUUUAAUGUGGCGCACGAAGAUGUCAAAGAACAUAAAUAACCAGCUCCCAAUCAGAUUUCAGAAUGAGAGAAUCUUGUAGGUCAAUUCUGAAGAAGUAUCUUCCUGGUCGUCUUCUUAAACCCGCAAGUGUGACCUCGGGUCGAGGUUAGAGGAGCGUGACGACGAGGAUGGAGAUGAGCGUCACCAGGGACAGCGUCACGCUUUGAGGUCCUCCUGUCAAAACAGAAGAAAGAAAAUCAUUCGCACUCCUCCGAGGUCUUGAUGUCGGAGCUCAAUGGCGCCAUACCGCCACGCAGCAACAUGUCCUGGGUGGCCUGCAGCGACCCGUUGUGCGGCGCCGGUUGGAUGUUGAGCAGCUGACACAUGAGCGGGUAGAUGUGGAUGCUGUCAAAGGGCUCGGACAGGAAGUUCUUCUUAAAGUCUGGUCCAAAAGCCCUGAAGAUCAUCUUCAUGUCCAUCUCGCCGUUAUGGUAUCCGUGGUCGCCCUUGUUGACGUAGACGAUGAAUCUCUGGCGGCAAGGAAGGAGAAAAGAAGCGUUAGAGGAAGCGGGCAGACGUGUUCCAGACCAGACUAACAGAGUUAAGGUUGAAUCCGAGGUCGGCGACCACGAUGACGGGAGGGAGGCGGCGGCUCCUGGCCAGGUGGAAGCUUUCCGGCAUGUCGUCCUUCCUGUACACCGUCAAGUUGGGCGCCUUGGACAGCGCCUCCAGCGCUUCCUGCUCCUUGCCGGGCCUCGGCGUCAGGAUCCCAAAUCCACCAUAGUCCAGGAUCUCGAAGCUGGCCAAUUUCAGCAGGUUCACAUACUUGUUGAGGACAAUCUCAUCCACCAGGGGGCGCUUCUUGAUGGUGGUCAUGCCGUGGUCGGACGUGAUGAUGACGUUCAGGCGGUCGUUCAGGCGGUGGCGAGCAAUAGCCUCACUCAGGUAGCCGAUGGUGCGGUCGAUCUGGCGGAUGAUCUUUUGCCUGUCGGGGUGGUCUGGCCCCUUGGCGUGGCCCACGUUGUCGGGCUCGCCGUAGUACAAGGUCACCAGGUGGAAGUCCUCCUGAGAGAACCAGCUCAGCACCGUGUCGAUGUUCUGCCGCCAUUCGGUCUCGUUGUCAUCAGGAUGUCCCGCCUCCUCUACCAACGCUCGGUUGACGCCCUGCCCGCUGUAGUUUGCCCCGCCGCCCGGAAAGUGGAAGGAGGCGGUUUUCAAGCCCUGCAGCCAAAGAAGAUUACAAAUGAUGUCAUAUCUCCAGGCCUCAAUGUGCAAACGUAUGUUUGAAGCACCUGACCUGGUUCUGAGCUGUGAUCCACAACGGCAGGGGUCCGUUGUCCCACCACUCAGAUCGGGUCAGCGUCUCCUUGUGAGGAACCUUCUGGUUUGUUUUCGUGUUGAACAUCAUGUUGUGGACGACUUCAUGGUCCUCCACCCACCUGCCUGUCGUUCACCAUGCAGUUAGACACGAAGACCUGAAACCAGGAACCCGGGGCGACGUGGGGCCAGGGGGGGGGGCGUCACCUGUGAUGGUGGUGAAGUGGGACGGCGAGGUCAUCGUCAGCAUGGGCGGCGUGAUGUAUUUGGCCUUGACGCCUUCCACCGCCAGCCGGUCCAUGUUUGGCGUGUCCACAUCCUGGUCAUAGUCCCACCUGAAGCCAUCGAAGGAGAUCAGCAGCAGCUUGUUCCUCGUCUCUCUGAAGGGGCUGGCGGCGGCCAAGGCUGCCGCUGCGACAAUAAGACCCACCUGAAGCUUCAUGGUCUUGCCGGGAGCAAGCGUGCGGACUGAGAGUCCAAACGCCGAGCAGCGCGUUAAUGAGUGACAGCGCUCUGAUAGGUAUCUGCUGAUGUCCACCUAGAAGGAGCAGACCUUGGACCGCGGCUGUCUUGGAAUCCAUCUUUAACCACACCUCCGGCAGCAGCCAUCACUGAUGCAUUAUGGGUUUAAUUCCUAUUUGCUUAUACCAAACAUUUGGUGUAGUUGCGUGUCACACGUCACCUUGAGAUGAUAAGGCUUCCAGGCUCCGCCCCCACACGUUUGCUGCUCUUAUCUUGGGAGCUGAUAUAAAUGAAUGUGACAAUCCAUCCGUCUGAUAUGAUGUCAGGGUUGAAGUCGUCUAAAGGUUGGUUUCAGAAAUCUGAAGUGCGGCCUGUGAGCUAUAACUGGCUCAGGACAAAGUAAGAACGUCACAAAAAAAAAAAAAAAGACUGGAAUAUGCAAUUUUGGGAGAAAUUACGUGUCAGUGCAGAAAUGUUCUAGCCAUCCAUCCAUCCAUCUUCUUCCGCUUAUCCGAGGUCGGGUCGCGGGGGCAACAGCCUAAGCAGGGAAACCCAGACUUCCCUUUCCCCAGCCACUUUGACUAGCUCUUCCCAGGGGAUCCCGAGGCGUUCCCAGGCCAGCCGGGAGACAUAGUCUUCCCAACGUGUCCUGGGUCUUCCCCGUGGUCUCCUACCGGUUGGACGUGCCCUAAACACCUCCCUAGGGAGGCGUUCGGGUGGCAUCCUGACCAGAUGCCCGAACCACCUCAUCUGGCUACUCUCGAUGUGGAGGAGCAGCGGCUUUACUUUGAGUUCCUCCCGGAUGACAGAGCUUCUCACCCUAUCUCUAAGGGAGAGCCCCGCCACACGGCGGAGGAAACUCAUUUCGGCCGCUUGUACCCGUGAUCUUAUCCUUUCGGUCAUGACCCAAAGCUCAUGACCAUAGGUGAGGAUGGGAACGUAGAUCGACCGGUAAAUUUAGAGCUUUGCCUUCCGGCUCAGCUUUUUCUUCCCCACAACGGAUCGGUACAACGUCCGCAUUACUGAAGACGCCACACCGAUCCGCCUGUUCUAGCCAUACUUAAAUAUUACAGUUAAACUACGUCAAGUACCGAGUUAUAUGCUAAUGUUAGCACGCUAGAAUGUUUUUUUGUUUGUUUUGUCUGUGUCCUGUCCAGCUUCUCAGGCCAAUCCUAUAGUUGAUGUAGAUGCCCGUAUCGGUUGUUCAGAUUUACUUUACAAAAGAGAAGUGAAGUGAAUUAUAUAGCAUUUUUUCUCUAGUGACUCAAAGCGCGGGCUUCACGGUGGCAGAGGGGUUAGUGCGUCUGCCUCACAAUACGAAGGUCCUGCAGUCCUGGGUUCAAAUCCAGGCUCGGGAUCUUUCUGUGUGGAGUUUGCAUGUUCUCCCCGUGAAUGCGUGGGUUCCCUCCGGGUUCUCCGGCUUCCUCCCACUUCCAAAGACAUGCACCUGGGGAUAGGUUGAUUGGCAACACUAAAUUGGCCCUAGUGUGUGAAUGUGAGUGUGUUGGCCCUGCGAUGAGGUGGCGACUUGUCCAUGGUGUACCCCGCCUUCCGCCCGAUUGUAGCUGAGAUAGGCGCCAGCGCCCCCCGCGACCCCAAAAAAAGGGAAUAAGCGGUAGAAAAUGGAUGGAUGGAUGGACUCAAAGCGCUUUACACAGUGAAACCCAAAAUCAAAUUUUUACAUUUAAACCAGUGUGGGUGGCACUGGGAGCAGGUGGGUAAAGUGUCUUGCCCAAGGACACAACGGCAGUGGCUAGGAUGGCUGAAGCGGGGAUUGAGCCUGCAACCCUCAAGUUGCUGGCACGGCCGCUCUACCAACCGAGCUAUACCGCCCCUGUGAAGGAUACUUCUCUUGUUGCCUUAUUUGUAUCUGACUUUAUUAAAUAGAUUUAUAUUAUCAUUUGGUGCAGCCGGGCCAGAGCAGGAGGGGAUAGAAAGAGAAAAAAAUAGAAGACAGUGUUAGAAUAAUUAUGUAUAUAUCAGGGGUCGGGAACCUUUUUGACUGAGAGAGCCAUACAAGCCAAAUAUUUAAAAAAGUAUUUCCGUGAAAGCCAUAUAAUAUUUUUUUUAAGACUGAAUUGUUGCGAUCCGCUGCUCAGAUCUACACUAUUUAUUUUUCCAUUUUGUAUAUUUCUCCGACUACUUAUUUCCUGUUUGCUUUGUCACAAUGGUCACUCAUCAGACCACCUGCUAGUCUCGCCCCGCACACCUGCUACUAAUUAUCACCCUCCUAUUUAAGCCAGCCUUUUCUGUUCAUUCUGUCUGGGUUCAUAGUUUGCUCUCACGCAACUGUACGGCUGGUUUUUGAUCGUUUGCUUUCACGCAGUUAUUUCUAUUCUCGCUAGCUCUCAUGCUACGCACAUUGUUAUUAGCUCUCAUGCUAAAUGUUUUAUUUAUUCCUUUUUUGUGUGCCCACGUGCCAGUUUAAUUUCCUAUUUUUGUAUUUCCUAGUUCUCAUACUAGCGUUUUUGGUUUGCCUUUGUAUUAGCUCCAGUGUUUCUGUUCAGAGCUCCUUUUUGUUAUUUAGAAUCAAUUUUAUUAUAUCUAACCUCUUGCCGUGUUCAUGUCAACGCAUUCUCGAGGGAAUCAAACCCGGCAUCACAAUGCCCACCAGUCCUCACAUGAAUACAACUAAAUGCAACCAUUUUUAAGUAGGACCAAUAUUUUUAGAGUAUAAUAAGUCUCUUAUUCUUUUUAAUAACACUGUUAUUCUGAAGCUAACCAACAAUAAAUAAAAUACUUCGUACCAUUAAUGCGACUUCUUGAACAGGUGCGGUAGAAACCGGAUGGAUGGAUUAAAAUGCAUGAGAAUGUUUUAUAUUUUGAACGUUAUUUUUGACACUGUGAUUACCAGUGGAAUUAUUCAUUAGUUAUCCUGUUAAGCAAUGUCAGCUAAGAUUUAUCUGAGAGCCAGAUGCAGUCAUCAAAAGAGCCGCAUCUGGCUCUGUAGCCAUUGGUUCCUUACCCCUGGUAUAUAUUAUCACACUAACUUUAAUGCUUAAGGGCCAUUGAUAUAAAUUAUUGUCAAUUGUGCUGAAGUGGUAUUUUUGUAUCUAUGCAAGCUGGCAUCCCGUGGGGUCAAAAUGAUCAUGAAAACGGUGAGCAAAAAUCCCAGAACCACACGGCGGGACCUGGUGAAUGAACUGCAGAGAACUGGGACAUAAGUAACAAAGGUUACCAUCAGUAACACACUACGCCGACAGGGAAUCAAAUCCUGCAGUGACAGACGUGUCCCCCUGCUUAAGUCAGUGCCUGUCCAGGCCCGUCUGAAGUUUGCCAGAGAGCACAUGGAUGAUACAGCAGAGGAUUGGGGGAAUGUCAGAUGAAACCAAAAUAGGACUUUUGGUAUAAACCCAACUCGUCGUGUUUGGAGGAAAAAGAAUACUGAGUUGCAUCCCAAGAACAGCAUACCUACUGUGAAGCAUGCGGGUGGAAACAUCAUGCUUUGGGUCUGUUUUUCUGCUAAGGGGACAGGACCAUUGAUCCGUGUUAAGGAAAGAAUGAAUGGGGCCAUGUAUCGUGAGAUUUUGAGCCAAAACCUCCUUCCAUCAGUGAGAGCUAUGAAUGGUUGACCAAAUACUUAUUUUCCACCAUAAUUUACAAAUAAAUUCUUAAAAAUUCCUAUAAUGUGAAAUCGUGGAUUUUUUUUUCACAUUCUGUCUCUCAUAGUUGAAGUGUACCUAUGAUGAAAUUUACAGACCUCUGUCAUCAUUUGAAGUGGGAGAACUUGCACAAUCAGUGGCUGACUAAAUACUUUUUUGCCCCACUGUAUAUAUAUAUAUAUAUAUAUAUAUAUAUAUAUAUAUAUAUUGCCUUCUAUUUUAGUUACUUUGAAUUUACAACCCCCUGGCGCUGUCUAGUACGUUCCUUAUACUGUUUUGUACUGUUUUUGUACUUACUUUGAUUAUUAUUUUCAACUGUUUGUAAAUGUUGAAAUUGAUGAAUAAAGGUUUAUAAAAAUAAAUAAAUGUGCAGUUAAUCAUG